AUGUCGGCGACGGGGCCCAUCAGUAACUAUUACGUGGACUCGCUCAUCUCUCACGACAAUGAAGACCUCCUAGCGUCCAGGUUUCCGGCCACCGGGGCUCACCCGGCCGCCGCCAGACCCAGCGGCUUGGUGCCGGACUGUAGCGACUUUCCGUCCUGUAGCUUCGCGCCCAAGCCGGCCGUGUUCAGCACGUCGUGGGCGCCCGUGCCCUCCCAGUCGUCCGUGGUCUACCACCCCUACGGCCCCCAGCCCCACCUCGGCGCCGACGCGCGCUACAUGCGGACUUGGCUCGAGCCGCUGUCCGGCGCCGUCUCCUUCCCCAGCUUCCCGGCCGGGGGCCGGCACUACGCCCUCAAGCCCGACGCCUACCCCGGGCGCCGCGCCGACUGCGGCCCGGGCGACGGCCGCAGCUACCCGGACUACAUGUACGGCUCGCCCGGGGAGCUGCGCGACCGCGCCCCGCAGGCGCUGCCCUCGCCCGAGGCGGACGCGCUGGCCGGCAGCAAGCACAAAGAGGAGAAGGCCGACCUGGACCCUAGCAACCCCGUGGCCAACUGGAUCCACGCCCGUUCCACAAGGAAGAAGCGCUGCCCCUACACCAAGUACCAGACGCUGGAACUGGAGAAGGAAUUUCUCUUCAAUAUGUACUUAACCAGGGACCGUCGGUACGAGGUGGCCCGUGUUCUCAAUCUCACUGAGCGGCAGGUCAAAAUCUGGUUUCAGAACCGGAGGAUGAAGAUGAAAAAGAUGAAUAAAGAGAAAACCGACAAGGAGCAAUCCUAA